AUGGCAGAAGCACAACCCCCGACUGUUGUUGAAGGCGCAACAACUGGAGACAUCGAAGACGAAGUCCCCAUCGCGAAAUCAGCAGAAGACCGCAAAGCACAAGCUGCCCUCUCCUCCCUCGAUGCACCCCGCGAUGACGAUUCCUCAACCACCAAGGAUGUUGAUCAAGAUGCAGUACGAAAGGCAAUGGACAGGAUUGCUGGCAAGGGAGCUGCCAAUGGCGUUCUGACAAAGAAGGAGGACGAGACGAAGGUUGCGGUCAAGAAAAAUGUCAAGGUUGAUCAGGCGGACGUUGCUUUGCUAGUCGAGGAACUCGAGCUAAACAAAAUCAAAUCUACGGAUCUAUUAAAGGCCUACGAAGGGGAUGUUACGCAGGCGCUGAAGGCAUACGUCACACGGGUAGUAUAA